UCACGUUUAUCGCCGAAUGUCCAUCGCAGCUGCUUGUCGGUCGUAAUCACCAAACGCGGUUCGACCGGAACAAUUCGAGAGAUGAUCGUACGCGUGAAAUCGGUCCCCAGCCGCGUUGUCCGUAUUAUCCGUUACCCUUCGGUCGUCAGUGACAUACGUAACGGGGGUGCUUAACGUUCGAACUCCGUGACGUGUACCCCCGCGAAAGGUUUGGUUGAUAGAGUUACAAGUAUCGUUGCUGAUGGUUUUCCGCGGCACGUAAACGAGUACCUCGUAUAAAUUGAUCAGUAUGAAGAAAAACAUCCUGAAGAGCAGCGUCGAGAACGCUUCGCUCAACAUACUAUUGCAGAUCGCCAUCCGUUGCCUGACGUUCGUCAUCAACGCGUUCGUGUUACGGCACGUCUCGCAAAACGAAAUCGGAAUCACCAACGUCCGUCUGCUGUUACUCGAGUCGACGAUUUUAUUCCUGAGCAGAGAAGCGUUUCGACGGGCUUGUUUAACGGACACGCUGCAUCACAAUUGGCUCAAAGUCAUCAAUCUCAUCUGGCUCUCAGUUCCAAUAUGUGCUGUCAUUUGUACAGUAUGUGGUUAUAUUUGGUUACGAUUACUAAGCCAACCCGAUGUUUCUGUAACCGUUUACUAUGAAUUCGGUGUAUGGUCCAUUCUUAUUAGUUGCAUCAUCGAACUAUGUUGCGAGCAGUUGUAUAUAGUGUCACAGGCAUUUCUAUUUGUUAAACUACAGGUUGUGUUGGAAAUAAUAAACAUUGUCGUUCGCACAUUAGUUUAUACUUCAAUGGUAUUGUACUCGGACGGUCAAAAUGCUGUUUUGGCAUUUUCAUUUGCACAACUUGCAUCAGUCAUAGCAUACACAGUAUCAUUUUACAUAUAUUUUUGGUACUAUACUAAACAAAAGAAUAAAGAUUUUCCAUUCAAAACUAUGUGGGAGUUUUUUCCAAACUUCAGUGGAAAAAAAUGGUCAGAGUGUGUGGAUUUCCCUCUUUUUUUGUUAUUGUGGAGCUUUUUGAAACAAGGAUUUAUGAAACAACUGCUAACUGAUGGCGAGCGUUAUGUAAUGACAUUGUUCAAUACAUUGCAAUUCGACCAACAAGGGGUGUAUGAUGUGGUUAACAAUCUUGGAUCAUUAGCUGCUAGGUUUUUGUUUAAGCCUGUAGAAACUUCUGCAUACUUUUAUUUCAGUCAACUUGUCCAAAGAGAAGUUUCUAUUAAAAAGCAAAUUCAACAGGACUCUAAUCGUAUAAAAGAAGCAGCUAGUGUUCUGGAAUGCUUGUUACGUGUUAACAGUUCUAUUGGUCUAACUGUUUUAUCUUUCGGACAAGCAUAUGCUAAGUUGGCAUUAUUUUUAUAUGGAGGAUCAGCAUUAGCUACUGGAAUCGGACCAGUAUUAUUACAAUUGCAUUGUUUAGCCAUUCUGUUUUUAGCCGUUAACGGAAUUACUGAAUGUUAUGCUGCUGCUACCAUGAAUGUCACUGAAUUAAACAAAUACAAUAUGGAAAUGGUUGUAUUAUCUGUGAUAUUUUUAUUUAUAUCUUUGUUGUUUUCAACACUAUUAGGCGCUAUUGGAUUUAUUUUGGCAAACUGUUGUAAUUUCAUUUUUAGAAUUUUCCAGUGUGGUCAGUAUAUUUUGUUGGAAUAUAAAGAUACUAAUUACAGUCCAUUGAAAGGAUUAUUGCCAAAGAAAUCAUUUAUCUGUUGUUUAAUUUUAUCAAUUACUGGUACAAUGUAUUCUGAGGCAAUUGGAUACCAACAGAUUUGAUGGCCAAACGUUUUUUUGUUUUCUAAUAAAAUUGAUAUUAUGAGACAAAACAAUAAAAAUUUUUGAGAAAAGUUGGGGUCACUUUUAUUGAAUCUUUAAGAAUAUAAAAAAAAGUAAUUAGAUUUAAAUAUUAACUCAAUAUUUUUAUUACUUUAAA